ACGCGGGUAAGACACCAAAUUCAUCCAGGAUCGAGGAAUCACAGCACUUUACUCCAGAAUGCCUCACCUCAGAGAAUUCAGCAGCAUUGACAAGAGGUAUUUCACCACCAAUCAGGCCUCUGGUGGAAAUGGCGGAACGCCUUUCACGUACGUCAGACUGGACGAUGGAGCCAUCAUGACCAGGCUAAAAGCCUGGAAAGACGAUUGGCGUAUCCGUGGAGUGGAGAUGUGGAUGAGCGACGGGAAGUCUCACCUUGUUGGGAAGCGAUCUGGAUCUUCAAGCGAGUUUCGCUUAAACACCGGCGAGAAGUUGACCAAACUCAACAUCCAAGCUAGCGGAGAGACCAGCUCAGGCGGGAAUCAUCGUCUAGGCGCCAUCUGGUUGCAGACGGACAAUGGGCGCGAUUGGGGAAUCUUCUCGAGCUGGUUGGAAGAGGACGGCCGUUACUGUCCGGAUGUGGGCUCUGGUAUCGUCUGCGGAAUGUUCGGUGCCGGGGGCGAGGACGUCGACAGUCUGGGGUUCGCUAUACUGCAUCCAAUUAAGCAGGCACGCUUGGUAGACGUCACCUACCCGAAUCUGGACACGGAAAUUGUCGCCUCGGUUCCGGAAACAGUCGUCCAGCAGAGGAUCACCAAUGAAUCGUCCGUAGAACAGACCUACCUCGUGAAGGGUUCCCGAUCCGUCACCAUUACGCGACAGUGGGGCAUAACCACGGCUUUGGAGUUCUCUUUGCAGACAACGGUCUCCGGUGGUAUCCCAGGGGUGGAAGGUGUAAAGGCCAGUUCAACCUGGAAGGUCACCGCGAUUGCCUCAUACGGUAGGUCCACAACGACAACGGAACAGCGCACGUGGGAAUGGCCGAUUAAGUGCCCCCCAAACCGCCUUUUGUAUGCCACAGGUACCAUGUACGCCGACUCUAUAGACACGGAGUACAAAGCCAACAUGCAGAUCGACCUUCAGAACGGCAACAGCUACAAGUACAGCGUGGAGGGGAUCUAUGAUGGCAUGAAUGCUCGCAGUGGGUCAGUCAAGAUUGAGGACCUGGGCCCUGCACUUAAGCAGUUAACACUGGGGACGUCACGAUUUACGCAAGGUGACGGCACAGUGCAAUUUCUCAUGUGAUGCCAUGUGUUGUCAUGUCAUAUUAUGUAGCAUCUCAAAACUACAACUCACGCCUUUUUACUUAGCACCGUCUAAACACUUGCACGUGUUCCCUGGCAACUAUUCGGAUAGUUGUUGAAAUCGGGAUAAGAGACUGUUCGUUCGAAUGUGGCAUUUUUGUUUUUUAUUCUUUGUUAAUUGCAAUUCACGCACGUGUAUGUACUUCUUUAUUUGAGACCAAACUAAGCUGGCUUGGAACCUGUAACUAAGAUGUAAACACCAAAAUGCAUUAUGAACUUGUGGUAUGAAAUGUAGAAUUUAAAGCAUUUUGAUGUCUGGCGUAACCUUGUUUUUAAUAAGACCGUGCUGACAAAAUAAGCAAAGCCACUAUUUAAAUAAUUCAAUUUGCAUGUUAAUACUUAUGGUGGCUAGUUAAGAUACUUUGUUUGUUUACACUUAAUUUUGGAAGAAAACAAAAAGUCACAUAUAUACUCUUCGAGGAAAUGUUUGGUUGAAUUUCAACAAUUGUAUAUUAUCAUUAUUAGCGUAACGCUCUGUCGUGAAAGUGCUUGCAUAUUUUUUCUGUAAACAUCGAUCUCUUUGUGCCCACUCUC